CAAAACACAUAGAUACUACAAACCAAUUGUGGGACUCAUUCAUUUGGUGUUUUCAGUGUUUUCGAUAUCUAACGUCGUUACAUCACUACUUUUUAUUUUAACCUAGAAAAUGGCAGCACAACGAGUCUUGGAGUAGUUUGUCCUGUAUAGUCAUCCACAGUAAAUGUUUGACGGAUGAUUUACUUGACAGUGACGUAAGCUUAACCUAUCAUGUGUUUUGUGAUUUGUUUCAUCUUCACUUCACAAAACACAAGACAUCUUGUUGAAAACAAACCAUUAUUCACCUGUAGGUGUGUCGUUUUUUAGUUUACUCUUAUAAUCACAUUUUGAUUUACUAGGCCAGCUACAAUAAAAUGGUUCAACAUAUUCUGCUUAUUGCUCUCAUAGUAUUUACGCUACUGAAUUUUAGUACAGCCCUAGAAUGCUAUGUAUGCGACAACCAGGAGAAUAAUGAAGGAAAAUGUGUCACAACAAUAGAAACUUGUAAAUAUGGUGAGGAUGUUUGCUUAUCAGAAAUUAGUUGGGGGAGUACUCCUUAUUGGCAACAGGGAGCAUUGAAACAGUACUAUAUUUCAAAACGAUGCUCUACUUCAGAAAAGUGUGCAAAGUAUAGAAGCUAUAAUAUGGCUACUUGUACCCACAUUUGGUAUCAAGAUUGGAAAUGCUCAGAAUGUUGUAGAGGAGAUAGGUGCAACUACUACAUCAUUUCUGGAGCAUCUACAUAUUAUAGCAAAUUUAGCUAUUGUCUAGUGGGGCCAGUAUUUCUAUUGGGAGUACUGAAACUAUUUCAGUAAUUUAAAGAUCCAAAACAGCAGUGCUUAAAGUUGUGCUCACAGCUUUUAUAGAAUGUUUCCAUGAUGAUUAACAUGACAACAUUCUGUCUUCUUUUUCAAGCAUAUCACUUGAAGGUAUUCUAAGGCUGAAAACAUAGUGGAGUGACGAGAAAACAGCAUGACAUCUGUAUUUUUUUUUUCAAGCAUAUUACUUGAAGGUAUUCUAAGGCUGAAUACAUAGUGGAGUGACUAGCAAACACUGUAACAUCUCACUGCUUUAGCUUCGUAUUGCGAAUAUAUAGUAAAGUGACAUAGUAAAACACGACUAGGCAGGUUUAAUGCGAGUAUAAUCAAAGUAUUUUCUAAUUUUAUUAAGGGCAUCUCAAGUUUUUGAUAGUGAUACAUCUAAACUUUGAUAUUGGCAUUUUUUACAAAAAUGCAGUUCCAGUAGUAUCCACAAAGAGGAGAAUUCCAUACUCUAUAUGGAAAAUUGCAACAGCAUCCUGAAAAAUUUUAUCAGUACACAAGAAUGAAAAUUGGAACAUUCGAUUAUAUAUUAAAUUUAGGCAGAUGUAAAUCAACAGAAAAUUGGACCAAUUUUAAUCUAACUCCAAUAGGACCAGAAGAAGAUUUAAUUAUGAUAUUAAGGUAUGUAAUUAACAGGUUUAUUUAUGUUGUUUUAAAAUAAAAACAAAAGCACUGAUAGGCUUAUUUUUAAUCAUGUAGUAGUUAUAAAACAAACAUAUUUACUUAACUGAGAUUUUCGAACUUAUUUUUAAAAUCUAGUUACAUGUACAAUUUCUUUCUUUUGCCACCUCAGUCAACAAUUUAUCCAAAAUCUACCGAUUAUGGUGGUUUUGGUCUUUUUGAUCCCAUAAACUGGGCCUCACAAACACAAAAUUGAUCAGUCUUUGAUAAGCCAUCUUUAAAAUUGCAGAGCGACAAAGUGGCGAAAACAAAAUAUUUUGAGUCAAUCUCGCCGCUCGAUCUCGUCUCGUUACUAUGUAGGCUUGCAUUUGAUAUUACGCGUUUGAUUUCGACGCAAUGUCGCGCUGUUUGCUCGCCGCUGUCCUCAUCGCUCCACUAUGUUUUCAGCCUAAGCACCAAAUCAAUCUUUUCUACCUUGGUCAUGGUCCUUUUUAUUUUAGAUGGGGUUUAAUUUGAUUAACAACUCCUCUUAUUAAACUACCUUUGGCCAUAUUUAAAAAAACAUUGCAAGUAUAGUUUUGAAUACUUUGACUUAGUCAAAGUGUGAAUUUGAGUGAGAUUGUGUAUGCAGUGGUUGUUUUUGAUGUGUGCAUUUUAAGAACGGGUUCUAAAUAUUUUUAGAAGAACCCCUUAAAUAAAAUGCUUAGAGAGUACAAUUUGAACAUAUAAUUGAAUAAUUUUCUGAAGAGUUGUAGCAAUAGUGGUUGGACACACUUAUGUGUGAUAAGGUGAACAUUAACAAUGGUUACAUUCAGUUGCACCUACCUGCUAAGGGCUAAGGUAGAUGUCCAAGACUUUAUGAUAUUGCAUAACUGUUAGCUUUUGUUUGAAGCACCAAAAUCAUGAUAUACUCUAUUAAAAUAUUCUCUUAUUCUUUAUCAUUUGAGCUGUCUCAACAACAAACAUUUAAAUUUUCAUCCAUCAACAUCAAUACCAGGCAACCUUCAGGUAUGACAGUCAAUUGGUAGAUGCUGAGUGAGACGAAUUUGUUGUCUGUUUAAGGCUAUGAACAGAAUUCUAUUAAAGCUUCCCACAAGAAGUAGAUAUGUAAUUUGACUAAAAUAAGUGAUAUUCCUGGAAAAAGUUUCAUUAUAGGCAGUUUGAGAUAUGAGGGAAGGUAUUUGUAAUUAUAAAUUCCAAAAAAAAUUGCAAAAAUCCAACUCACCAAAUUAGGUUUAAUCGCUUUCCAUGUCCCUAAAUUCAGUUUACUUUGGAAGUAUGGUUACUCUCUCUUAAUUUUUUAUUGAUUCAUAUGGUUUAUACAUACAAAGAGUAUGUAACAAAAUGUAUAUCUAAUGAAGAAAAGCUUCUUAUGAGCGAAUUUCAGUAUGCACUUUUUCCAACUAGAGUAAAAAGUGAGGCUUACUUUCCAUAAUUUAAGGAAAAUUGGAAUAUUUUUCUAUAUUGCAAGAUAACAUGAAAUAAUUAUAUUAUACUUGAUGACUAUGGGUAUGUUAUCAUUGUACCAUUGAAUCAGAGCAAUAAUGGGGAUUUUUUAAAUGAAGGCAGGUCAUUACCAUAUCCAUUAUCAUUGUUCUUAUCGUUCCUUUUAGCUUAUGAAUGCCAAGGGAUUGUUAAAAUAGUAGGGUACUACUCUAUAAAAGAGAUGUUUAUUCUGUGCCAGAUGUCUAAUGUGUUUCCAUAUCAAAUACUUACAAAGUACAAAUUUACAUCCAUAGUAUUUCAAGUACAAAGAUUGACAAUCAAUACAAAAAUACACUUUUGUUUUUUGCUGCUUAUACCAUAUGAUAGACUUGUUUUAAAGAUGUUAUGGAAUAUGACUUUCAUUUGAUUUGACAGAUUUAGCCUACAUUUAUUUUAUUUUGUAGCAGCUAGGUGAUACAGAACGAAACCAUUGAUUUCACUACUUGCAAGAUUACUACCACUAUAUAAAAUAAGGGUCUCUAUAAAUCUGGUGGAUGCAGUUCAGCGAUAAUAAUUAUUUUUGACUGAUACUCAAACUGAAUAUCAUGUAACAUAAUAUGUAUGCAUGCAUCUAGUGUAGAUCUGACUUCAUUUUUUGUUUCUUCAUUUUUUGAUAAAAGUGAAUCUCAAGUUGAGAACGCCAUUUCGAAUUGUUGUAACAUAUCCGUCCAUUAAAGGUAUUUUUUAUAAAUGGUUGAUUGUAGUGAUACAUACAUAUUUUGUAACUUGUAUUGAUGAUAUACCUUUUUAAUAAUAAUAUUUUUUUGUAUAAUGUACAUACUUGUUAAGAAUUCUGUAUAAAAUACUAUUGCAAAAACAUGUAUUUUUUUAUAUGCUACCUGAUUGUUUUUGAGAACUCUCAUUUACAUAAAAAAUAUUGCAUUCAGGGUCACUCAUUCUCUUCAAUGGCUUUGGAGAUAUUUAUAUGUAUGAAUCGGACUUCUGUAUUUUGCAAACUAUGGG